AUGGCGGCCAGACCGCUCGUAACAGUUUACGAUGAGAAGUAUGAAGCCACUUCGGCUCAAUUGAGACUUCCAGCAGUUUUCCGUACUCCAAUCAGACCAGACUUGGUUAGCUUCAUCCACGAUCAAGUCCGCAGAAACAAGAGACAAGCUCACGCUGUUGGAGUUCUCGCCGGUAUGUUUUAUUAAUAUUUUAGAAAUUAAAAAAUAGUUUCCUUCUUCAGGAAAGCAACACUCUGCUGAAUCAUGGGGAACUGGACGCGCUGUUGCUCGUAUUCCACGUGUCCGUGGUGGUGGUACUCACCGCUCCGGUCAAGGAGCUUUCGGAAACAUGUGCCGUGGAGGACACAUGUUCGCUCCAUUGAAGGUCUUCAGACGCUGGCACCGUAGAGUCAAUCUCGCUCAAAAGAGAUACGCUGUUUCUUCGGCUAUUGCUGCUUCAGGAAUUCCAGCUCUUCUCCAAGCUCGUGGUCACAUCAUCGAUCAAGUGAGUUUUUUGUGAAUUAAGAACAAAACAUGAAAUAAUUAUUGUCAGGUUGCUGAAGUUCCAUUCGUCGUCUCCAACAAGGUCGAAGGUUUCCGUAAGACCAAAGAAGCCGUUGCCUUCCUCCGCCGCUCGCACUUGUGGGCCGAUAUCGAGAAGGUUUGUUUUUUACCCAUCUUUCUUAUAGAUCUCACAAAAAUCAAACAUUACAUAAAAUCUUUUUCAGGUUUACGCUUCAAAGAGAAACCGUGCCGGAAAAGGAAAGCUCCGUAACCGUCAACACAAGCAAAAGCUCGGACCAGUUGUCAUCUACGGUCAAGAUGCUGAAUGCGCUCGCGCUUUCAGAAACAUCCCAGGAGUUGAUGUCUUGAAUGUCGAACGAUUGAACCUUCUCAAGCUCGCUCCAGGAGGUCACCUCGGACGUCUCAUCAUCUGGACCGAAUCAGCUUUCAGCAAAUUGGAUGCCAUCUACGGAACUCAAGUUGCCAACAGCUCUCAAUUGAAGAAGGGAUGGUCAGUCCCACUCCCAAUCAUGGCCAACGCCGAUUUCUCAAGAAUCAUCCGUUCCGAAGAAGUCGUCAAGGCCAUCCGUGCCCCACAAAGAAAUGCUGUUGCCCACAAGAUCCACCGCAACCCAUUGAGAAAACGUCAACUCCUCUACAAAUUGAACCCAUACACAUCAGUUCUCCGCAGAGUUGCUCGUGCUGCGGCCAAGAAGAACUAA